GAACUGUGUCUCAGGUCGAGAAUCAGUGUCUCUGGGAGGAGUUUAUCGCAUAUUUCCAGUUUAAAAAAACCUAAUUGGGCUAAUUCGUGAACUCCUGUCCUCUGCAAGGCGGAGACAGGAGGACACAUUUAUCUCCUGCUGUGUGAUGCUUCAUCAGUAGAUAAAUAUUCAGUGUUGAGGAUGCUACAGUCAGGCGCCCCGCACCUCCUCCUCCCCCCUCUGCUUCUCCCCCCUCCCCUUUCUCCCUCAGCACGUAGUCUGGUUGAUUUCACUUUUCAUUUCACACACACACCCCUCCUCCCUCCUCCCUGAUCCACCCCGCCAUCGAGGAGACUCCCCAUCCAUCCCCUAGCUACACUGCGCUGGAAUAAGACGCUACACCAGCCCUGCCGCACUCCACCUCUCACACAUUAACCAAAAAAAAAAAAACAUUGUCGGAUUCAAGACAAAACGGUGCGCGUUUGCCAGCAACACUGGAUGUAGAGAUGUAUGGUCGCGUUUGAUGCUGUUAUUUCCCCCCUGAGAUUUAACGUUACCACGAUGCCAAAGCCAGGGACGCUCCGGCUGUGUUGAGACAAGCGCUGGAUUAAAAAGGUGUCACAAACAGGCAGCACACACAGGACUGGACCACAAACAGAGGCUUCAUUUUGCGGUCAGCAUGGCUGUGAACAUGAUGCCAACUUCCGCCAUUUGGCCUGGGGAGGAACAACCAUCGCUGCUGGACCAGGAGGGCUCUCUGGCGAGCCAAGCCCCUAUCUCUGUGCCAUGCCCACCAGCCAUAGGUGAACAUCUCAUCCACAGCAGCAGCAGCCCGGCCAGCGCACGGCACCCCCGCAGCAAAUCCAAAGGAGAGCUGGUCAUAGUCAUCAACGAGAAACUGAACAGUAAUGGGAUACACCCAGCCCCUGCAGAGAGCACCUCUCCAGUCAUCUCCUCUCCUCCCAGAAGACAACACUCCAUCUCUUACCCUCAUCACGGCAAGACCAGGAAGGGGAGCAGGGCCAGCUCCAUCGGCUACACCGCCUUUUCGCCUAGGCCGUCGCUUUCUCGCCACUCCAGCAUCGCUACCAACCCACCCUUGGACCGGACCAAGGUUAAAGACUACCUCCUCCUGUCCGUGCUGGCCUGCUUCUGCCCCGUUUGGCCCAUAAACAUUGUGGGAUUUGUCUACUCCAUCAUGUCCAAGAACAGCCUCGAGCAGGGAAACCUGGACGGUGCUGUGCGUCUGGGACGUGUGGCCAAGAUGCUCUCCAUGGUAUCACUAGUAGGAGGGACGGUCAUAAUCAUCGCCUGCAUUGUCAACCUGGCUAUAAAUGUGAAAACCUGAGUUUCAUCCCAGGAUGAAACUGGAUAAGGCAACUGACCGUCUGGCCCGCACCUGCACCACCGUCUUUACCGCCUAGUCAUUACCUGGAUGUGUGACAAAUAUGCACACGAUAUACAGUGCUUACUUAUAUUUCUGUAAUCUAUAUAAAUCUCUUUUGCUAAUGGAAGAAAAUAACAUAUGCAAAUGCUGCUGCUCUGAGUCAGGGUUGGGGUGGGAGGGGGUGGUUUGUCCAUCUGAUGUUAGAUGGAGAAGGGAGUAGACAGUCAGACUAAUCAGUCCCUUCGUAUUCUGGUCAACGCAUUCAGAGCGAUUCUUGAGAAAAGACACAAACUCUUCAAGAGUCCCAUCACCACCCGCAGGAUUGACUCUAAUCAAGGUGGACCAGAAAAGACACCAGUGUAGGUGGUUACAGAACGUCAAACAGAAAGGAUUGCCUCCCCGCUUCAGCGCCACAUGCAAAGUCCCUAACAAAAUGUCCGCCAAGUCCACCCUUCACUGCAUCGACGACAGGACGCAUCAGAGUUUCAGCUUGCCAUUAAAUCCCCCUCGGAUAUACGAAGAGAGGCUCUGGGAUUCGUGUUGUAUCGGAAUCACAGAGCCGAAAUUCAUCCAUCUCCCCUCACAAAGAAGAAACACUUUCAAUCACAGUGUGUCCUCUUGUUUCAGACUCUCCUCUGUGGUUCUCGUGACUCCUACCAUACAUCUUAUGUCUGAGAAGCGAGCCUAUGGGUAGCAAAAGAGGAUGAAAAAGAGGCUUACCAAGGACUAGCUAUGGGUGCUAAAAUGGAAGGGAUUAUGGAAAGUCUCGCAGAGGAGGCACAGUCAUCACUGAGAGGAAAAAUAUGUGCCAAAAAAAGAAUUUAGAAGGAAAGUUUGUUGCUUCGCAAAGACCCAACUCUGAUCACAGAAUUGUUGUUGUAGAGAGGAACAUCAAAAUGUGUUUUUACUCUGCUGCAACUUUACUGUAUAUCAACUCAACACCACUGAGCACUGUGAGCUGGGGAAAGGGUACAUGUUCACAAAAAAACCCUGCUGUAGCAAGGUACUUAAAAUAUUCAUUUUACAGUGAAGCUUAUUAUGCUACGUCAUCUAUAACCUGUCUUUUGAUAAUGUUUGUAAAAGAUCAUUUUGAAGCAGAAGAUUUGUAAUGUGAUCCUCUUCAAGUGCUGUGCUGCAGUUGACAGAUGGCAGUAGCAUUGUAUGCAUAUGGGGCGUCACAAUUUGGUUAACAAAUUAAAUAGCUCGUGAUUGCAGUGAAAGUUGUGGGUCCAGCCUCAAUCUGCAUCCACAGGUCACGUGCACUUUGAGACCAGACAUAUGGUGGCAUUUUUUUCUCCCUUGUUAAACUCCUAAAACAGUUCACAUUUUUACUUGGAUUUGUCAGAAAUGAACACCCAACUAUACUGUUUGCCCAUUUUGUCAAACACAGUAGGAUGAUCUUCUGAUGGAUUGUUUGUAAAACACUGGUUCAGACAUAGUUUUAUGGGUGUGAGAUAUGAGUAGCAGUGUGGUAGCAGCACAGCAGAAAACUAUUUUUUAAAAUCUGUAUUAUUAUUAUUAUUAUUAUUAUUAUUAUUAUUAUAUCUCCUGUGUAUCCUUACCUAACCUCUAAUCUUUAUCUACCUGUGAUUCUCACUGUGAUCUAAAACAACCGGGUUUCAACAAGAAUGGAUACAACUUUGCUUAUUUACUGUAUCCUGGAUUUUGAAUCAUGUACAGAAACGCCACGGCUUCCGAGUCUCAUGAGUUCAAACCUAAUUUUCUGUAAUGAUCAAUAUGGCAUUUUCCCCCUCUGUUAGUACUUAACAUGUAAAUUUAAUUGUAAUCAACAGUUGAUGUAUUCUGCAGAUAUAAAUCUCAAUAUUGUGGUAAUUCUCUAGUUGAUAUAAGUUAGCAUUAAGUAGUUUCGAUCUAACGUAGGCACAGAAACUGUCGGCUAGCCUCCAGACAGUCAUUGUAUUACCACCGGGCUUCUAUAAUCUUUGUGGUUACUGGCAUGUCGUGGAUUUUUAUUAAUGUAUGAUGAUAGAAGUUGAAAAAUACAAAGAUAAGCUGGCACUUUGAAUAUUAUACUUCUGCAGCACAUUCAUAAUAAAGACACGUUGCAUGUAA